ACUAAUAUUUCCCUGUAUUCUUCCGGAUAAGCUCCCUUGCAACCCACUCGGUUCAAACGAAGUUUUCUUCAAACCCAAGCAGAUUAAUGCAAGUACAUCACUUUUAUUGAAUAUUACCCGACCGUUUGGUGCUUUUAUAAACCCCUUUUUUUUUUUAAUACAUCUUACAGAUGUAUAUUUGCGGUAUUCUCAAUAUUUAAUCAAAUUUCCCUUUCCACUUUAGACCCUAUUUUUCUUAAACGCACUAAGACCACGUGCGGUCAAGUGAGCCCGUGUGUGCGGUUAAAAAAUAACCGCGAGAGGCUGGCCGCCGUGGAGCUGGAUAUUUUGGGCCCUGACAUUUACUAAGCCAUGAUUUCCACAAAGGAAAUUUGACGUUUUUGUCAAAUAUUGCUUCGUGAGUCUAAGUUGGAGGUGCGAACUUCCUUUUUUUUGGUCUUUAUUACGCACGAGUAGGCGGUCCCUACUUGAGAUAUUGCACCUUUUCUCGGCUUUUCCAUAGGAGUGCAGCCAAGAUGAAAAUUACGAAUUUAGAAGCCCUUUUCCGUCCGCCUAGCGUCAUUGCAACUUAUUUUGGAGAGGCCUCCUUGGUUUUGGCGAUGCAGACACGUUCCCGUGUUGUUUACGCGACACGCGUGCGUUGUGACUCAUUAUUGGAAUUUCAGUCGAAAUCUGUUUUUUAUUCCACUUGACCAGUGGCUUGGCCUUAUGUAAAUCCGCGAGGUAUCACUUACUCCGUGAGACAGUUGUAAUCCACUCAAGCGAACACAUUCCACGGAUCAAACUCGAACUAUUGCUUAAGAGACGCACUUUACUCUAAAAGCUCUCCGAGUUGGACCGUUUUACUAACAAGGACUUCACUUUGAGAACAAUCCAAGAAAUAGGUUGCAACUUGGUACGUCAGCGCGCUAUCAAUAAAGCGAUCAUUUCAACCAAUCAACAGUCUACGCAAGCUUAUUGUUCCGUUUGAAAGAUCUCGAUAUAUACUACACCACGGUUCGUGUUAGACUUGCAUCACGAGACUCGACACAAGCACACGCGAUGGAUGGCAUCAACACGACAAAUGGAGUCUAUCAAGACGCCUUCGAGAACUCAUCAAGUGCUGCUACUAACUCCUCUUUGAGCGUCGAGAGUCUACCACUAAAAGUCUCCAAACUUAUUUGCUACAGUCUUGUGUUCUUGAUCGGUGUCAUAGGAAACACUUUGGUUUUCAGAAUCGUACUCAGACGGCGAAAACUUCAAACUGUUAGCAACUUUUUCAUAUGCAACCUAGCCGCGGCAGACGUGGCUGUCUUGACAGUGAACCUUCCAUUUAGACUCGCGUACCAGGAGAACUCCUACGUAUGGCCAUUUGGUGCGUUUCUCUGCAAGAUUAUACCCAUGUUGACGUAUUUAUUCAUUACUGCGUCUUCAGCUACUCUGCUUUUAAUGAGCUUGGAUCAACGGCGCGCGGUCGUGUAUCCCUUUAAGAAGCGCCUGACAAUAACCCAGACCAAAAUCUGCAUGGUUCUUGUAUGGUUAUUCUCUAUAAUUAUUACUCUUCCAUUGAACUUCGCACUGAGGAUUAUUUACGUAGAUGGGAACCCAGUCUGCACGGAUGUGUGGCCGAGUGAGAAGUUUGAGCAAACGUACUUCGUGUUUUUAUUUUUCAUCCAGUUUGUGUUACCGAUGGGGAUUAUCACUUCAGCUUAUACUCAUGUGUGUAUGAGGCUGAAUACCCCCCUACCCAUCACCGCCCUACCGCCCGACCUCACGGAGCAGCGCGCACGAAGGAACCGAAAGAUCAUCAAGAUGCUUAUCGUGAUAGUCGUCGUCAAUUUUAGCUUCACGCUCCCCUACCACAUCACCUGGUUACUCAGCCUUUUUGGCCACCCCAACUCCGUCGCUAAGAAGUUCUGCGUACUGCUUGUCAUAGCAACCAGCGCUGCGCAUCCCAUAAUCCUUGGCACACUAAGCAAAGACUUUGCAAACGGCUUUCGGAGUUACGGUCUUCUUCUUCGGUGCAUUAAAAGAGAACUAUUGACUACUGGGAGCACGAGGCGAGGAACCAAAGAACCCUUCAAGCGUUCGGGAUUUAGAACGUUAUCAAACAUGUCGAGAAAGUCCUUCGAGGUGAACCAAAGAAACAAUGUGCAUCUAAGUAAGGAUAGUAUGAAGAGAGAACUGGGGCGGAACGGGUCACCCCACCCGGGAUAUAGAAAUGUGCAUGCGCACGAGAAGCCAGUGGUAGAGCAGGAGACCGUUUUGUAGGGUUAUCCGCAGGGCGCGCCAAUCCGGGAAAAAGGGUAGAGAACAUGGUGGAGGGUGUAGUUAUUGUAAAUACAUUGGAACCUAUGUAUAACGGACACAUCCUAACAAAAUAUGUCCGUUAUAUUUCCGCUUAAUAGAGGGUAAUUUAUUGAGUUUGAUUUAAUUUAAAAUCGGGACUUGUCCGUUAUAUAGAGUGUCCGCUUAUUGUGGUUACGUCAUAUGGAAGCUAUACUGUUAUUUUUUUUUUUUUACUGACGCAACCCUGGACCACCUUGCAUGUGUUACGUAUUGUACAAUACUCAUAAUAUUUCGGGAAAGAACUCUUUUUUUCUAUCACCAACAUCCAAUACACAAAAAGAAAAGUUACUCACUUAAAAAUGCCACAGAAAAA